UUCAGAAAUCCUGAGUGAAUCGAGCGAUGAAGAGGGACUUUUACCCACAGAUGACUUAAGAGGAACAGCGAAGGAUCCCGAAUUAACUUUCCUCCCGGAGAAAUCUAAAGAAAAAUAUUUAAAAGCGUACGAGAAUUUCAAUAAAUGGCGACUUGAAAAUAGUGAAAACACUUUGUCGGAAACUGUACUAUUAUCGUAUUUCAUGCAGUUGUCUCAGACGAAGCAACCACCGACAAUGUGGAGUAUUUACUCGAUGCUGAAGGCCACGAUAAAAUACAAGGAUGACGUGCAUAUUGAGGAUUAUAAAGAACUCGUAACAUUUUUGAAAGGAAUGGCAGUGGGACACAACCCGAAAAAGUCCAAAAUAUUCACAUCAGCUGACGUAGACAGAUUUAUAAAUGAAGCUCCGGACAUAAAAUAUCUUGGUGCAAAAGUCAUACUCAUAUUGGGAAUAAAUGGAGGAUGCCGUACUAUUGAACUCCUGAACCUUACAGUCGAUGGGAUCGAAAAACAUUCAGAAAACCUGUUAUUAAUAAAAUUGCCAAAGACAAGUAAUAACAGAUCCUUUGUCGUUCGUGAGGAAUACGUACAGAUCGUUGAGCAGUACAAAUCUUUACGGCCACCCAAUACAAAGACGGACCGAUUCUUCUUGCAGUAUCACAAGGGCAAGUGUUCAAGACAGCCAAUGGGUGUAAAUAAGAUAGGCGGGACCCCGCGAGAGAUCGCAACGUAUUUGAAACUUCAAGACCCUCAGCUGUACACUGGUCAUUGUUUUAGGCGAACAUCGGCCACGCUUUUAGGGGAUUCUGGGGCGGAUCUCAGCUUAUUGAAACGCCAUGACGAUAACCGUCCGGGUACAUCUAGAGCAAACAUCGAAAGUCAAGCUAUGUCGAAAAUCUGGGUCUGUAUUGACCCUCCCAAAAGUUUCGGUUAUAAUCACGCGUAAAAGCAACAGUCGGAU